AUGGAGCAGACUUUUAUGACCAUCCAUAACCUGUCGCCCGACGCCAACAUCCUCUUCGUAUCUGACUCCAUCGUUGAUAUCCUAGGAUACCAACCACAAGAUGUGCAAGGGAAGUCAUGCUUCGACUACUUUCACCCAGAAGAGGUGCCAUUCGCACGCUCCGUACAUAGCAGGGGUGUCUUGCUCGAUAAGGCAGCGGUUUUGCACUAUGCCCGAAUUAUGUCGAGGGAUGGGCGGUGGAUAAGUUGCGAGUGUUGCUUCACGAUAGUUCAUGAUGUCUUGGUAGCUUGCACAAGUAUCUACAGACGUGGUGAGAAGAGUGAGAGACGGGCGAUAGAAGCACCCCAGAUCCGACGAAUAUUCUCAUCUUCGCCACGAGAUCCUCGAUAUCAUAUGCUUGAGCACCUCUCGCCUAAAUUCAAGAUGCAACCAAUGGAGCGGGAACCUCGCGCGGCUCUUAUACUCAACAGAUUUACUAGGACUUUGUCAGUAAUGUUCGCUACCAAUGCUGUUUCUUCAAUACUUGGCGUGAGACCCGAUCAAAUCCAGGAGAAGAGUUUCUACGAAUGCAUUGCGGAGAAUUGCUUAGCUGACGCCAUCAAAUGCUUGGAAAGCGCCAAAGCAAACGACUCAAUCGCAUACCUUCGGUUCUGGUAUCGCGAUCCUCGAAGGGAAGAAGACUUCGAAGAUGAAGAUGAAGACGAGGAAGAAGAAGAGGACGAAGAUAGCGACGAAACCGAGCUAGAACGCGACAGAGAAACGAGUAAUAGCGAUACUGAGAGUGCAAUGGACGUCGACACUAAUGGGACGCCCGACCAUAAAAUAAAGGCCGAAAACAGUGUCAGCCCAGAACUUUCGAAGACCGACAUCCUUACUAAUGGAGAUUCCCGAGGAUUCUUCCCAUCCUUCCCCGAAACUGGAGCAUAUCAAGUACCGGAUGAUACUUGUCAUCCGGCUCCCAACCCAGCUAGCCAAACACAUGCACGACGAAAUCGUCGUCGGAAUCACAUUCCUACGUUCGAACUCGAAGCCGUGGUCUCCUGUACUUCAGAUGGGCUGGUUGUUGUAUUGAGAAAAGCUCGACCUCCAAUUCCUUCACUACAUCCACCUUUACUUCCUGUCGACUUUGAAAAUGGACUAUUUGCUGCGCCUUGGAGCGAGCAACCCAUCCGACCUCACUAUCCCCCCGAGCAUUUCUACACGUUCCGGCCACCACUUCUACCACAGUAUAUGCCUCUACGAGAACAUGUCAAGACCGCUGGAGGGCCUCCGAUCGAUCAGCUUAUGAAGUCAAUUCGAGAUGUGGCUGUGUUUGCAUGGGCACUAGUGGGUAUCAACGGGAAUAUGGCUGCCUAUGGUCGCGGGGUGCCGAGAGAGAGCUCACAGCCCCACGAUGGAUCCUCAGUUUGGGACCCAAACUCAGCAAAAUCACCUGAUCGUGGCUCCGAAUCACAAUCCGCUCAUCGACAAUGGGGAAGUUCUUCGUCGGACUCCCAUUCUACUAAUUCGACUGGAUCGUCAGAUCUACGUUACCCCCCUGGUUCUAGUGCUGAGGCGUCACAGGGAGGUUACGGUCCUACUUCAGCGGAGUUCAACAGCAGGAAUUCUGGUUACUCGAAUGUGCCCGCGUGGUCGUCCCCACGGCCGUAUACGCCUACAUUUGAAACUUGGCGUUCAUACCCCCAGGCGCAACAUUCGUCCCAACCAUCUUCGUCUAGUUUCAAUCAACCCUCAGCUGAACCGUGGGCAGAAGCAUCGGCUCAAUACACUCAACACAACGCGAAUAAUUACGCGAUUCCUACAACGCAAGCACACGGAUUUGGAGACAACCCAAGAAGCUAUCGAAGUAUGUGGCAGUAA